ACACGGUUCAGUUCCAGACUUGCCUUCUUCCAGCAUGGAUUGAAAAACGGAACGGAACGCAAACCCCCCCAUAAAAUUCGUGUGCGGGUAGUACUGUGAAUGUGUGUGUGUUUGUGUGCGUGCGUGUGAAGUAUUGGAAAGCCAGAAAAUCAAUUCUAACCGCAAAGCAGCAGUAGCAGCACCCCAAAAACGUGACUAACGCGACAUCCAACAACCCUUCCAACGGCGAAAACACACGCGUACCGUCCGGGGGCGUAUGUGUGUGUGGGCGCGUGUUUAGAUUAGCAAAGCGGUCAUUUGCCAAGCGGUCAUCUUUGCGUGGCAGGUGUACCGAAGGAAAGCACCCGCUCACCAGGCAUCGCCAAAAAGUUGGCCACCGUUUUUUGUCCCUUCUAUCUAAAACCGGUAACAGGGCCCAGGGCCACCCGCCAUCAUGUCGUCCGUGAAGGUGGCGGUCCGUGUGCGACCCUUCAACUCCCGGGAAAUCGCCCGGGAGUCAAAAUGCAUCAUCGAAAUGGCUGGCAACACGACCUGCAUCACAAACCCGAAGGUACCGCCCGGUUCGAGCGAAUCGGUCAAACGCUUCAACUACGACUACUCCUACUGGUCACACGAUCCUCGCGAUUUGGAAUUCUCGACACAAGCCAUGGUGUACGCCGACAUUGGCGAGGAAAUGUUGCAGCACUCGUUCGACGGUUACAACGUGUGCAUCUUCGCGUACGGACAAACAGGCGCCGGCAAAUCGUACACCAUGAUGGGCAAGCAGGAGGACGGCCAGGAGGGCGUGAUACCGAUGAUCUGUAAGGAUCUGUUCCGUCGAAUACAGGAAACGGAAAGCGAUGAUCUGAAGUACUCGGUCGAGGUGUCGUACAUGGAGAUUUAUUGCGAACGCGUUAGAGAUCUGCUGAACCCGAAAAACAAAGGCAAUCUGAAGGUGCGCGAACAUCCGCUGCUUGGUCCGUACGUGGAAGAUCUGUCCAAACUGGCCGUCACCUCGUACCAGGACAUACACGACCUGAUCGAUGAGGGCAACAAGGCACGUACUGUGGCCGCAACCAACAUGAACGAAACGAGCUCAAGAUCGCACGCCGUGUUUACGAUUUUCUUCACCCAGAAGCGUCAGGAUCGCAUGACCAGCCUCGAAACGGAGAAGGUUUCGAAAAUUAGUCUGGUCGAUUUGGCCGGUUCUGAGCGGGCCGAUUCGACGGGCGCCAAGGGCACGCGCCUGAAGGAGGGCGCCAACAUUAACAAGAGUCUUACCACGCUGGGCAAGGUCAUAUCGGCGCUGGCUGAAAUUUCCGCAUCAAAGAGCAAGAAAUCGAAGAAAGCUGAUUUCAUUCCGUAUCGCGAUUCGGUCCUGACAUGGUUGCUGCGCGAAAACCUUGGCGGUAACUCAAAAACGGCUAUGAUCGCUGCAAUAUCGCCGGCCGACAUCAACUACGACGAAACGCUAAGCACAUUGAGAUAUGCCGAUCGCGCGAAACAGAUCGUCUGCAAGGCUGUUGUCAACGAGGACGCCAACGCGAAACUUAUCCGCGAACUCAAGGAAGAGAUACAAAAGCUGCGCGAGCUACUCAAAGCCGAAGGCAUCGAGGUGCAGGAAGGACCGGACGGUAAAGUGGUUUGUGAAAAGCGAGAUGCUAAUAAGGACGAAUGUCUCAUCAAAUCGGACAAAAUCGAGUCGGUGGGCGGUGUGGUCAUUACCGAGGAAGGUGAAGAUGGUGAGAAGAAGAUUCAUUCGCCGAACCGCAACCGCAAACGCACCGGUUCGAGCACGGAAAUGGCGGUCGAUCAGCUGCAGGCAAGCGAAAAGCUUAUCGCCGAGCUGAACGAAACAUGGGAGGAAAAGUUGAAGCGUACAGAGCAGAUCCGUGUGCAGCGGGAAGCCGUCUUUGCCGAGAUGGGUGUGGCAGUGAAGGAGGACGGCAUUACUGUCGGUGUUUUCUCGCCGAAGAAAUCGCCCCAUCUGGUGAACCUCAACGAGGAUCCAACACUGUCCGAGUGUUUGCUGUACUACAUAAAGGACGGACUUACCCGGCUCGGUACAUCGGAAGCGAACGUACCGCAGGAUAUACAACUGUCCGGCUCGCACAUCUUGAAGGAGCACUGUGUGUUCGAGAACAAGGAUGGCGUGGUUACGCUGGUACCGCACAAGGAUGCGCUGGUGUACGUGAACGGGCGGAAGGUAAUCGAGCCGGAGGUACUGCAAACUGGUUCGCGCGUCAUCUUGGGUCGCAAUCACGUGUUCCGGUUCACGCACCCGGAGCAGGCACGCGAAAAGCGCGAAAAGAAUAAGGAGGUCGAUGUGUGCGAAACGCCUGGCAAUAGUGGCGAGAUUGCUGAUUGGAACUUUGCCCAGUGUGAGCUGCUGGAAAAGCAGGGCAUUGAUCUGAAGGCGGAGAUGGAGAAACGUUUGCUGGCGCUGGAGGAACAGUACAAGCGCGAGAAGCGCGCUGCUGACCAGGAGUUUGAAGAGCAACGCAAGACCUAUGAAGCAAGAAUCGAUGCUCUCCAGAAGCAGGUGGAAGAACAGUCAAUGACAAUGUCGAUGUAUAGCAGCUACAGUCCUGAAGAUUUCCACCAAGAAGAGGACAUAUUCGUUAAUCCACUGUUCGAGUCCUGCUGGACAGCACGCGAAGCUGGUUUGGCCGCAUGGGCAUUCCGAAAAUGGCGCUACCAUCAGUUCACAUCGCUUCGCGAUGAUCUCUGGGGCAAUGCAAUAUUCCUGAAGGAAGCCAAUGCAAUUUCGGUCGAACUGAAGAAGAAGGUUCAAUUCCAGUUCACGCUCCUGACCGACACCCUGUACUCUCCGCUGCCACCGGAAUUGACCCCGGCACCGGCCGUAGGUGCCCUGACUAACGGUGGCCAGGAAGAUGAGUUCGGUCAAACACCCAUUCCAAGAACGAUUGUGGCGGUGGAAGUAACCGAUACAAAGAAUGGAGCUACCCACUACUGGAGUUUGGAAAAGUUAAGGCAACGUCUCGAAUUGAUGCGCGAAAUGUAUCACAACGAAGCAGAGCUGAGCCCAACAUCACCGGACUACAACGUUGAAAGUUUGACCGGCGGUGAUCCAUUCUACGAUCGAUUCCCGUGGUUCCGGAUGGUCGGAAGAUCGUUCGUGUACUUGAGUAACCUACUGUAUCCGGUUCCGCUGGUCCACAAGGUGGCGAUCGUAAAUGAACGUGGUGACGUUCGCGGCUAUCUGCGCGUCGCCGUACAGCCGGUGAUGGAUGAAGAAAAUGCUGACUUUAGCAAUGGGGUGAAGCAGUCGGCUCGCAUCCUGUUCGACGAGGAGCAGAACGGACAGCAUAAGGUGCCAAAGAUCCGCACCAUUCCCGACAAGGAUGAAAAAUACAUCGAGGGAGGCAACGAGAUGGGCACCAAGUUGGAGGAAUUGGAGCAAGAGGAUGCCGAUUCCGGACGUGGGGAUUCGAGCGUUGCUUCCGAGCUGCACGAAUCAAACGAUCAGGAACCGGGUGAACAUUUGCAGCCGGGCAAAGAGUUUACGUUCCGUGUGACCGUACUGCAGGCGACGGGAAUUGCUGCCGAGUAUGCCGAUAUAUUCUGUCAGUUUAACUUUUUGCAUCGACACGAGGAAGCAUUCUCUACGGAACCGAUCAAGAACUCUGGUUCGGGAGCACCGCUUGGAUUCUAUCACGUACAAAAUAUCACAGUUCCGGUAACGAAAUCUUUCAUCGAAUAUCUGAAAACACAACCGAUAGUUUUCAAGGUGUUCGGUCACUACCAGCACCACCCGUUGCACAAGGAUGCCAAGCAAGACUGUCAGAUUACGAGGCCUCCGCCACGGCGCAUGCUGCCCCCGAGCAUUCCGAUCAGCCAGCCGGUACGCAGCCCGAAGUUUGGUCCGCUACCGUGCCCACCCUCGUCGACGGUGUUGGCCAAGCACGACGUGCUCGUAUGGUUCGAAAUCUGUGAACUGGCCCCGAACGGUGAAUAUGUACCGGCGGUCGUCGACCACAGUGACGAUCUGCCUUGCCGUGGACUGUUUCUGCUCCACCAGGGCAUCCAAAGGCGUAUCCGCAUUACGAUCGUGCACGAACCGACACCCGAGGUGAAGUGGAAGGACAUUCGCGAACUGGUGGUCGGACGCAUUCGCAACCAGCCCGAACCGGCUGACGAUGAGGAUUCGGAUUCGUGCGUGCUGUCGCUCGGUUUGUUCCCGGGCGAGGUUUUGGAGGUCCCGGGAGAUGAUCGGUCGUUCUUCCGCUUCGAAGCUGCCUGGGACUCGAGUCUGCACAAUUCCGCAUUGCUCAACCGUGUUACACAGACGGGUGAACAGAUUUACAUUACGCUGAGCGCAUAUCUUGAGCUUGAUAACUGUGCUCGACCGGCCAUCAUUACGAAGGAUCUCAGUAUGAUUAUAUACGGACGGGAUGCACGCACUGGACCACGCUCCCUGAAGCAUCUGUUCUCGGGCCAGUACCGCAAUCCGGAAGCCAAUCGUCUGUCGGGCGUGUAUGAGCUUUCGCUGAGAAGAGCUUCUGAAGCAGGUAGUCCAGGCGUGCAACGUCGACAGCGCCGUGUGCUGGAUACGAGCUCCACCUAUGUGCGCGGUGAGGAGAAUCUGCACGGUUGGCGUCCACGCGGCGACUCGCUUAUCUUCGAUCAUCAGUGGGAGCUGGAGAAGCUCACCCGAUUGGAGGAAGUUGGGCGCGUCAAACAUCUGCUACUGCUGCGCGAACGGCUCGGCAUGGACACGACCCCGAACCCAACCACCAAAACAGAGAAGGACGUUUGCAACUUGGCUCAGCGUGCUAGUGCGUCACCGGUACACAUGGUCAUUCCACCGUCACCACAGACGCCGGUCAAAGACCAGCAGACACCGGCAAUGGCGGAACGGGACCUGUCGGCCCGCGAAUCGGAGCUGGUGUGGAAGUGUGUGAAGCUUAUUCAGGGUCGUAUCGGCAACAAGGAGCUGGGUGCCGAUGGUUCGAGUGCGCCAGCAUCGGACGCAUCGCCGGGUGACGAGGGAUGUGCGGACAUGAAUGCGAGCUACAUUUCAAGCAACUCGAUUGAACUGUGCUCACCGGAACGGGUGGAUGUACCGAACGGAUGGGAGGCACCGGCACCGGCACCACAAACACAGGACCUUUCGCUGCGAUUGUAUGUGCCCGAGCUGGAAGAGAUUCGGGUGAGCCCGGUCGUGGCCCGCAAGGGUUACCUGAACGUGCUCGAGCAUGGUGGUUCCGGGUGGAAGAAGCGAUGGGUCACCGUACGACGACCGUACGUUUUCAUCUUCCGUUCGGAUAAGGAUCCGGUGGAACGGGCCGUCUUGAACCUGGCUACCGCACAGGUGGAAUGCAGCGAAGAUCAGGCAGCGAUGGUGAAGGUUCCGAACACGUUCAGCGUUGUCACCAAACAUCGAGGAUAUCUGCUGCAGACACUCGGUGACAAGGAAGUUCACGAUUGGUUAUAUGCAAUCAAUCCACUGUUGGCAGGUCAAAUUAGAUCCCGACUGGCUAGGAAAAACAUUUCCAGCAUAAGCAGCAACGGCAGCGGUGCUGGCGAUCAGCCACAGGCGACGACGGGAGCGUCCGCCCUGGCUGUAGCUGCUGCCCAGGGCAACGGAGGCGGCAGUAGCUCCGGUGGCAAAUGAGAUACAAUAACGAUGGAGUCCGUGCUGGUCUACUAAGCGACUGCGGCGCGGAUACUCCACCUAUCGCCGUACGGAUACGGAUGCGAACAAACCUAUAACCACCAUUAUUCUGAGAGUAAGAGUAAUCCUAGUUUGACGUGCUGCAAUCGUCACCACCACCAAAAAAACAAAAACCAAAAUCAAACCAAAAUACUUAGUAGUAGUACGCGUUGCCGUUACUUGUCCCCUUUUCCCCAUCUACUUAGUUUUUUGUCGAUAGAUUUCGGUUUCGGAGUUAUGAAAAUCAAACCACUCCAUGUCACAGUUAGACAAAAUAACCUAUAAGACCGUGGGGAGAUAGGAUGGAGCUGAGUGUUUGACUAGCUGGAAUCGGUAUAUGUGUGUGUAAUAAGCGGGACGCAGCUUAGUUUGACUGGGUGUCCUUGUAAGCUUUCUGUUACGUACCGUAUUUUAGUUACAAGCUUUACUUCUCAACGGUUCUGCUACGAGGCUGACUAAGUUUUAGUUUUAACGAAAACCCGAUACUGCUUUACGCUAACUGUAAGAUAGCAUGUUUUGUAUAUAAGAAGAACUAUUUUUAUCCCGUUUUUAAAACUAGCCAACUUUCGCCCGAUCGUACUUCGGUUUCAAUUAUUUUCAAAGCGCCGAGCUAAGUUAAAGGCCCCUAAGUUAAAAAAGGGUUCGCAUCUCGGGCAGAUGCUGAUGCUUUUGCCGAUCCGUUUGGUGAUUUUGUUAUCUUCACCCUUUUUCUCUAGAGAGACUGCAAUAAGGCUUACAAUCUAGAGCGAUAGACUACUGGGGGUAGGGCACGUGUCAGCGAAGCUGUCACACUAAACACCUGGGAGAAUGGCAUAAAACAGACCACGGGAGCUAGCGGCGGUGGUUCAUUGUUGCUACGUUUAGAUAUCUGAUUUUGCUGUGCUUUUUACUGAGACACCUGUACGGCAUUGUUGUUGGUGCUUUCUUCUUUCGUUGCCAGUUUGCUUGCGAUGAUUGCGGGAGCGAUCUGGAUUUGUGGGUAGCCCGAAAGUAAAUGGGGCUACUGCAUGGACGAGUAUAUGUGUGGCGCGGAUUCAUGUGGAUCAAUCCGUUGGCUAAACUCCUUUAAACAAUGAGCAUGAUAUUAAUCAAUAGCAUAAUUAAUGUUUAGAACAAACUGAUGAAGCACAUACACACACAGGAAGAAAAUGUGUUAGAUUACUUGAAUGUGAGCAAAAAGACGCAUAUAUAUAUUGAAUUCUUGUGAAGGAUAACAACAGCAUCACAACAGCAGACAUAAAAUUGGGAAAUGGGGAAAAAAUGAUACAGUAAAAAAGAGGAAAAAUAACUCUUUGAUGAAGUCGAAACAAAGUUUGCCUACCAAAGCAGCAAACAAUUCCUUGAUUUGUGUGACAAGAGAAUCUCUAAAGACAGAAACAAAAUGUUGGAAUCUCUCCGAUCAUUGUGUCGUGUACAUCUCUCUCACUCUCUUUCUCUUCUCGUAAAGCAAACUCUAAAGCGAAAAGAUGCAAUGAAUUGGACAAAGAAGAAACUAUCUACUAGGCAAACUAGGCAAGGCACUAGAACAUGGGAAGAAUCAACACAACUCCAUAUUCAAUAACCUAAUCGGAACUAACAGUAGUUUAAAAAUGGGUGAACGGGCAGUGAAAGACCAGUGAGCUCAAAUAUGUUUGCAAAAAUAGUUCGAACGCGGAACGUAAAGUAUUAGAGCAGGUGAACGGGUGCUGAAUUGUUACGAACGGAUUAUUACCCUUUAUCGCAAUCGUUUAUUUUGCUUCCGGGAAUCGUAAGCCUUGCAUAAGAAAGACGGGUUCCUGCAUGGGGCGCUUCGAGAUGAGAGUGUGCGCUACAGAAGACUGGUUUGGCUUGAAGCUAUACAAACAAACAAAAAAAUGAAUGAAUGAAUGAAUGUUCUAGGAUCAUAUUGUUUCGUCUGUGUGUGUGUUGGACAUGGUGUAAAAUGUCCUGUAGGAAAAAAAGGCGGGCGAACCGUAGUUUCCUGUAAUGAUCCUUGCGAAGGGAAGAAAACGGCCAGGCACAGCUAAACAAACGGGACAGUUGUAUAGAAUUAUGUAAAUAGAAUGCACACAACUACUAUGCAAGAGCGAUAAUGCUGAACCAAGUCGAUUUGUUCGCUUCGAUGGCCUUAGCUUCCUUUGGUUGCUUGGAUUUGAGAGGACACAACUAUCCUUCAAAUGCAACGGUUUACAUAAGUUUCGUCCUGAUACACUGUGUACAUAUUUGGUCUCGUUCUACGGAAUGGUGCGCUAUCCUACCACAUCUAACGCGUCGUUACGCUAAGGCUUCGCUAGAUGAGUCUUACAUUUCUCCCUCAAACAAACAACAGAAAUGCACGGCACAGUUCACGGCUGGUGAGAAGCUUUGAAGUGCAUCAACGGAUACCAAAGAUAGGGUGUGUAAGCAAUGGGAUCGGGGUGGGACACGUGGGCCCGGGUGGGUUAGCUCAGCAGGCAUGAGCGUAGGUAGAGCAAAGGAUUGUUAAGUGAUUUGGUUCAGACAAAAAGGACACGCCAUUCGUUCCUACUUAUGUUGAUCCUGUGCGAUUAAAGCUGCUUGCAUUAAGUGACGGUUCAAUGUCACUUUUACUAUGCAAAGCAGCGGAAAACUGUCGCUAUUUUUUGUUUUCUUCUUCUUCUACGCGUUCCUUUAUUGUUUGGGAAAGAUCUGAAAACAAAAAACAAAAAAAGGGAAUAAAUGGUUUAUGUUGUUUGUGUACCAUUUGCAACAAUGGCAUCGCUGUUAAAACAUCUACCUGGAUGCGUGUGUAAACUUAGAAAAACAAACGAACAAACAAAAAAAAAUCAUAGACACAAGAAUAAAAUAAAUAAAUGUAACCGUUUUCUGAUCCCAUCUCUGCUUACCGCAAAACAAAACAAAGGCAAAACAAAAACAAAUAACACCGAUACAUAAUGCAAUUAAUUGUAUAGGAUAUAUAGUUGACAAAUAAACAUGAUAACUACUUGACAAAGCUACACAACAAACCCCCAAAACCCAAUCCGGCGAAAGCAAAAAAGAAGCUCAAAGGGCUCAUAGUAAAAGUUUCUGUCCUUUGUCAGCACACACACACACCAUUCUUCCUCCUUCCCUGUGUAACAUCUAUACGUAUUUUACAUACCAAUAUCUGAGUAUUUAGCCGAACAAUGCCUAGCGAAGCGCGAAAAUGCUUACGUUUUCCACUGUGGUUUACGUUGACGCGUGGGCUCCGCCGGCCAACCAAAGAGCAACACAAAUACAAAACCGGGAAAGCAAACACGAUUGAGUUUACUGCUGUUGUUCCCGCAAACGCGAAUCCGCCAUAUUCGAUCGUACAUACACACACACACAAAACAAAAUAUAUAUACACAUAUAUGUAUUCUGAACUCUA